UUUCUAAGCGAGUCUCUCGUCUGUUCAAGCCGCUCCUAUACUCUUCUUAUUCUCUGAAGUCGUGGGUUUUUGGGAAGUUCUUUAGAUCCCUUUCCUGGUUGUGACAUUGUCACUUUCUAGUUGCGAACCAGAGACUCACGGUGUCAUUCUUUGGCCGUGAACCAAAGCAUGGCGUCAUUCUCUGGCUACGAACCAGAGAUGCAAAACGUCAUUUUCUGGUCGCGAAUUGAGGACCCACGACAUCAUUCUUAGGUCGCGAAUCGAAGAACAUGACAUCAUUCUAUGGUGUUAGCUCCACAUCAAUCUUUACUAGCUCCAUCUCUUCCUAGAAGAUCUUCACGAGCACAUAAACCACCUGGUUACUCGCAAGAUUUUCAUUGUCAUUUGGCAUCUUCACAGGCUUGCUCUUCUCCACCUUCAAAUGGGAAUUAUGGUUCUUUAUCAGGUUGGGCUGGCUGUCAAGAUACUCGAAGAUCCAUCACAGGUUUUUGUAUUUUCCUUAGCUCAUCUCUCAUCUCAUGGAAAUCCAAGAAGCAGUCCACAGUUUCUAGAUCCUCAACUGAAUCAGAAUAUCGAGCCAUGGCCAACAUAAUUUGUGAGAUCGUGUAGUUGCUAUCCUUGAUUCAUGACUUGAAAAUUUCUCAUUCUUGAGCUGCUGCUCUUUAUUGUGAUAACAAGGCUGCCAUUCACAUUGCCACUAAUCCUGUGUUUCAUGAACGUACGAAACACAUAGAGAUCGAUUGUCAUUUUGUUUGUGACAAAGUUCAAGGAGUUGUAAAAUCAUUUCAUGUGUCUUCUCAUCAUCAAUUAACUGAUUGUUUCACUAA